AUGGAAGAUGCCUUCUCUUACGUGACCAUGCUCAUAGUUGAAUUUGGAGCUGGUCUUGGCCAAGCAGCCAUCGUCACAGCCACCAUGGCUGACGACGAGAACGCGGCGCCCGAGGGCGAGAUCGACGAGUCGCUCUACUCUCGUCAGAUCUUCGUCCUGGGCAAGGAAGCCAUGAUGCGAAUGGCAGUUGCCAACGUCUGCAUAUCCGGAAUGGGAGGACUCGGUGUCGAGAUUGCCAAAAACGUGUGUCUGGCUGGCGUGAAGACCGUCACGCUGCACGACGAGAAGCCCGUGACCUGGUAUGACCUCAACUCUCAGUUCUACGUCAAGGAGAACCAAGUGGGCAAGAACCGAGCCGAGAGUUGCCUGGGACUCGUGUCUGAACUCAACACCUACGUGCCCACAACUGCGUCCACUGCACCUAUUGACGAGGCCUUUGUCAAGAAAUUCCGGGUCAUGUGUCUGUCUGACAACUCGUUCGAAGAACAAGUGCGAGUCGGGAAAAUGUGCAGGGACAACAAGAUCAUUUUCAUUGUGGCUGAGACCAAGGGUGCCUUUGGCAAGGUUUUCUUCGACGGUGGCGAGGAUUUCGAGUGUGUGGACCAGAAUGGAGAAGCUCCUCUGAUUGCUCCGGUUAUCAACAUCUCGAAGGCUGAAGACGGCAUGGUCACGUGUCCAGAUGACAAUCGACACGGAUUCGAGACUGGAGAUCAUGUGGCUUUCACUGAAAUCAAGGGUAUGACUGAGCUUAAUGACCGCGAUCCCAUUCCCAUCAAGGUCACGGGUCCAUUCACAUUCACCAUUGGUAACACGAUGGGUUUCAGCGAAUAUGAAGGACCAGGAGGAACUGUCUCUCAGGUGAAAGUCCCAGUGAAGCUGAGUUAUCUCAGUUAUGAUGACGCUCUUGUCAACCCUGAGCACAUGAUCUCCGACUUUGCCAAAAUGGAUCGCAUGAACCAGCUGCAUUUGGCAUUUCAAUCCAUCCACAAGUUUGAGGCUGACAAGGGCCAGUUGCCCAGGCCAUACAAUCGAGCUGAUGCUGAGGAAUGAAGGCCUGUUCUGGAAAGUUUAACCCUCUGAAUCA